UACGGAAGCCGAGGCGGCGCUUUCUGCGGGGCCCGGGCAGAAGCCGCGGCGUCGUUGAAGCGAACUGAAGCUGCGGCGAUGUGGUCGGAGCGAGCGAAAGCGGCGGCCAGAGUCUGGGGCGUCGUCCUAGUGGGCAGAAGCGCAGUCGACGUCCCAGCGAUCAGAAGCGACCGCGCGGUCCCAGCCGGCAAAAGCGGAGGCCGCGUCCCAGCGAACAGAAGCGGCGGCGUCCAGAAGCGGCGAGCUUCGGAGAAGCCGUGGUGGCUUCCAUGUGAUGGAGGAGCAGGAGGGACGCUUCCGCGGUUUCUUCAUGUGGCUGCAGAUGGCAGGAUUCCCAGAGCUUUAUGGCUGGAACAUACUCCAUGGUGUAUCUGUACAGCAGUUUCUUCAUCCCUGCAGCUGCGGGUGGACAGGUUUUUCCACGUGGCCGCAAGUGACGAGAUUUCACCCAUUUCUACAAUUAAAGAAUAUUCUGCUCUGGAUGUAUAUUGCAGUUUCUUCAUCCCUUCACAAUGGAAGAACAGGUUUGGCUGGCGGCGCCAGGAGCUGGGCAGCAAAGAGGAGGCGCAAGAAAAUUUGCCGCAGUGAAAAUGAAGAUCCCGUUCAAGACCAGGAGGACGGUAGGACUGCGAGGAUUGCGGAGGAGACGUCACCUGAGAUAGAGCUGCUGCAGGAGGAGAACCGGCAGAAGCUGGGCCUGAGCACCAACCUCAAGCAGGUGGAGGAUGAGAAGAAUUCCUUCUGGGAACAGCUGGAGAAGGAGAAGGAGGCCACGCACAACCUUGAGAAGCAGAUUGCCACCCUCCACGCCCAGGUGGCCGACAAGAAGAGAAUUGACAGUGUGCGGUGCCUGGAAACCGCAGAGGAGGUGAAGAGGCAGCUCCGGAAGGACCUGGAGGGUCCGAGCCAGCGGCACAAGGACAAGCUGGAGAAUACAGAGACAUGGCGGCAGCAGGAGCUGGAUGACCUGCUUGUGGACCUGGACAACCAGCGCCAGAUGGUGUGCCACCUGGAGGAGAAGCAGAAGAAGUUUGACCAGCUCCUGGCAGAGGAGAAGACCAUCUCUGCCAAGUAUGCAGAGGAGCGUGACCGGGCCAAGGCCGAGGCCCGAGAGAAGGAGAUCAAGGCGCUGUCGCUGGCCCGGGCCCUGAAGGAAGCCAUGGAGCAGAAAGUGGAGCCGGAGCGGCUCAACAAGCAGUUCCGCGUGGAGAUGGAGGACAUCAUGAGCUCCAAGGGCAAGAGCGUCCAUGAGCGGAAGUCCAGGUGGCUUCUGGAGCAGCAGGUGGAGGAGUUGAAGACCCAGCUGGAGGAGCUGGAGGAUGAGCUGCAGGACACUGAAAACGCCAAUCUGCAGCUGGAGGUCAACCUGCAGGCCAUGAAGAUCCAGUUCGAGCGGGACCUGCAGGGCCGGGACGAGCAGAGUGAGGAGAAGCAGCAGCAGCUGGUCAGACAGGUGCGGGAGAUGGAGGCAGAGCUGGAGGACGAGAGGAAGAGGCACUCCAUGGCAAUGGCCGCCUGGAAGAAGCUGGAGAUCGACCUGGAGGCGCAGAUUGACUCGGCCAACAAGAACCGGGAUGAAGCCAUCGAGCAGCUGUGGAAGUGGCGGACCCAGGUUAAACACUGCAUGCGUGAGCUGGACGACACCCGCGCCUCUCGCGAAGAGAUCCUGGCCCAGGCCAAAGAGAAUGAGAGGAACCUGAAGAGCGUGGAGGCUGAGAUGAUCCACUUGCACGAGGAACUGGCAGCCGCGGAGCGUGCCAAGCGCCAGGCCCAGCAGGAGCGUGAUGACCUGCUCGUGGACCUGGAGGAGAAGCUGAAGAAGUUUGACCAGCUCCUGGCAGAGGAGAAGACCAUCUCUGCCAAGUAUGCAGAGGAGCGUGACCGGGCUGAGGCCGAGGCCCGAGAGAAGGAGACCAAGGCGCUGUCGCUGGCCCGGGCCCUGAAGGAAGCCAUGGAGCAGAAAGUGGAGCCGGAGCGGCUCAACAAGCAGUUCCGCGUGGAGAUGGAGGACAUCAUGAGCUCCAAGGGCAAGAGCGUCCAUGAGCUGAAGUCCAGGCGGCUUCUGGAGCAGCAGGUGGAGGAGUUGAAGACCCAGCUGGAGGAGCUGGAGGAUGAGCUGCAGGACACUGAAAACGCCAAUCUGCGGCUGGAGGUCAGCCUGCAGGCCAUGAAGAUCCAGUUCGAGCGGGACCUGCAGGGCCGGGACGAGCAGAGUGAGGAGAAGCAGCAGCAGCUGGUCAGACAGGUGCGGGAGAUGGAGGCAGAGCUGGAGGAUGAGAGGAAGAGGCACUCCAUGGCAGUGGCCGCCCGGAAGAAGCUGGAGAUGGACCUGGAGGCGCACAUUGACUCGGCCAACAAGAACCGGAUGAAGCCAUCGAGCAGCUGCGGAAGUGGCGGGUGUGGGGACCUGCCGUUUGCCCCAACGAAUGCUCGGACGAGGAGGUGGAUGGCAAAGCGGAAGGAGCUGAGGCCAAACCUCUGAAUAAGCCUUUUCUCCUUCAGCCUGAGACAGAUGGACAGGCGGACACUGCAGCC